AGUAAAAAUCAUUAAUUUAAAAGAAAGAGUGCAGAGAUACUUACGUCACAACAACUGAAACUGAGAAAUAUAUCGACCUUUCUAAAAAACGAGAUAGAAACUGAAGAUCGCAAAAUUUAAUAUUAUUAAAUUACUAUAUUAAUCUUAAUUUAAGUUAUAAAUUUGACUCAAUUAGCGACAAACAAAUAAUCUAUUAAUCAUGGGCGAUGUGGUAAAUGGCAGGAAAUUAUUUAUGAAGUUAUGUGUUACGUGUCAUACCACGGAAAAGGGUGGAAAACAUAAGAUAGGUCCUAACCUACAUGACAUCAUGGGCAAAACUAGCGGAACUAUUCCGGGAUAUAGUUCCUCGAAAGCCAUGAAAGAAAGCGCUAUUGUAUGGAAUGAGAAGAAUUUAAGCGGCUAUAUUGACUAUCCCAAAAAAUUUAUCCCGGGAACAUCAAUGGUGUUUAAGGGCGUUAAGAAGUCCGAAGAUCGACGAGAUAUAAUCGCUUUUUUAGCUACUUUAAAAUAACAUUUUAAUAAACUAGUAUGUGCUGUAGUUUUGCAGCAUAAAAGUAUUAUGAAAACUG